GACUCUCGUCUCUUGCUGUCUGCAGUUGAUACCAAUCCCCCGUCCCGUCUGAAAAACGCGGCCGCGUUUCCCCCCUGCUCAGCCCUCGCUCGGCGCUGCGCCUCCCGAGGGGCUCGUGCUGUCGUGCCGCCGGCGCAACAACGUCCCGCCAGGGCCAUCCACGUCUUCGGAUCGGACGAAAUGGCCGCCAGCUGGCGGAUCGUCUGUCUCGCCGAGUCUCUUUUUGACUUUCUUGUUCAGACGACUCAGGUUCACUGUCUCUCCGGAACACAUACGGCACGUCGCGCACCCAGAACCACGGGCACGCCGCACACUGACCCUGGCAACCCUCGAAAUGCGCGCACCCGAGAUGAGGAGAACCUUAGUUUAUUGAAGCUUGAGGAGUUGGAGGGAGCUAAAACCCGUCGGACCGCAACUACAACACGUUUAGACACCGGCGCUAGGGCAUAG